CUAUUCUGAAUUGACAGUAGCACUUGCUGUUUCUUAGUGGAAAGCAUUUAGAUUUCAGUUUGCUGCUGCUGUAAGGUGGAUGUGUGGUCUCACAACCUCUUCCAUGAGCUUUGAAUGUCUGCAGGGCUCAAGAACAUGGCCCCCUUUAUUCUCCUGAGCUUUUUGAAGUUUGUUAUGAACUUGGCAUCUUUAAGGAAAUGGUCUGAGAAAGUAAGAUCUGACUCCAUUGCUCUAAGUUAUGGUAUAGCAAGCUUCUAGCUGAUGCCCAGGCUCCCUUGUUAUGAUGCCGUCACGCACCAACCUGGCUGCUGGGAUUCCCAGCAGCAAAGUCAAGUACUCCAAGCUCUCCAGCACCGACGAUGGAUAUAUUGACCUGCAGUUCAAGAAGAGCCCGCCAAAAAUCCCCUACAAGGCCAUCGCGCUGGCCAUAGUGCUCUUCAUGAUUGGGACCCUCCUCAUCAUCAUAGGAGCCCUCCUCUUGGCAGGAUACAUCAGCAAAGGGGGAACGGACCGCGCCAUCCCCGUGCUGAUCAUCGGGAUCCUCGUGUUUCUGCCCGGCUUCUACCACCUGCGCAUCGCCUACUACGCUUCCAAGGGCUACCGGGGCUAUUCCUACGACGACAUCCCGGAUUUCGACGACUGACCCGCCUCCUAGAUCACGCUGUAAUUAGGCUGAUGAUAGCUGUUAGUCACCCUGGACACGAGAGGCAGUGCACAAGGCUGUAAAUGAAGUAGAUCAGUCACAAGAUGCGACUUGGUUCUGUAAAUAGUGUGUUAAGGUGUUGCUGGUUUCUCAUUUUGGGGGAGUUUUAAACAUGGGAUUGACCAAAGGGAUUGCGACAUUACGGGGAGAGAACACGUGGGGAGAACAUGUGAUUUCUUAUUUUUCCUCUUUUGGUGAUGUCAUGCUGGUUGCUUGUAAAAAGUUCUUCUUGGGCAAGGUAAUUCUAGCCAUUUCCAAAAAUAGAUGAGCCAGACAGCUUCAGCAAUGAAGAUAUUUGUUUUUCUAGAGUUUAUUUUUGAAGAGAUUAUGGCUAUCCUUGGGUUUGCUGUUGCAAACAAAUAGCAUAUCCAGUUUUUUUGCUCUCUGUCCAUCAGAAACAUUUCCAGUGCACUUUUUGUCUUGUGCUUGCAUCUGGAAUAGUGGAAGUCGAAUGCACACAGCAGGGAAAACUGCACUUGCAUGAAAUGCUUCACAGUGCAUUUGCUACACAACUCCUCUCGUUAGAACGACAAAUUUUACUUACUCAGCAAACACAUUCCUCAGAAGUGAGCAGUUUCCCAUGCCACUCUUGGUUUUGGCAAAACCCAGUUGUCAUCCUUUAAAAGGACUGUUGCUGGCUUUUUGCUUAUUGUUUUGAACUUAAUGGAGAGGGGGGAAGAACUGGAAUCUAGAUCAGGAUUCAAGCGUCUGAAUACCAAAGUCUUGUUUUCAACUGGUUGAGGAUACUGGAGGCACUUGAAUUGCAGCUGUCUGUAUGUAUAGUUGGGAUCACUUUGUCCUCCUGUAGACAAUAUGCUGUGCAUAAUUCCCUAGACCAGUAAAAAGAAAAUCUGUGUAUAAUUUGCACCAAACAAAUCCAGUUUGUAUGGUUUUGCUAGCUUCAAUAAUGUGUUAUUCUGGGCAAAUAGAUUGAUAGCUCUCUGCCUGAUGCAAAAGCUGGGUGACUCCCCAAGCGGAAACGAAUGUCCCAGAGAACAAGUGCACAGCAAGAAACAGUAGUGCAAGACUCAAGUAUAUGUAUUUAAUAUGAAUAAACUUCACUAUAUUCUGUGUA